UUCCCGGACAGUUAAAGGAAGGUUCACUGGGACCUAUCCAAAGAGUCGCCAACCCUGCCAGGCUGCUGCGUGCCGCUAAUGAAGAGAGGCAAAGGACAAGCCGCAAAAAAGCAGGUGACCAAUCGGCACGCGCCUAGAAGAGGUCGCUCUCAACGUAGCCAAUGAGGCCGCGAAGCCUGCCGUGGCGGCCGGAUGACGCGCGGGCACCUGGGCUCUGUAGUUCCGUGAGUGAUGCGUCCCUUACCGCCCCGCCCCCAGCCGCCUUCACCCCGCUAGUGCGCAUGCUCACAGUCUCGGCCUGGGAGGAGGCCGUGCGCAAGGAAGAAGGCGGGACGACAGUAGAAAACAAAAACCGCUGGUAGGUUGGGGAGCUUCCGUGGAGGGCCCGCUCCUCCCAGAGGGCGGCGCAGGCGCCCGGGCGAGCCACGCGGAGAGUUGUGGGGCGGGUAGCUCGACUCCUGAUGAAGACACAAGGAGUCGGAUGGGUGGGGGACUCCAGAUCCCAGCAUGCCCCGCGGCGGGCCCUACCGGCCGCGACUCCGGGCUUGGCCCCGGCCCUAGCUCGUCGGCGGUGUACUGGGGCGCGUGGAGGCUGUAGUCACGGUGGCGCCCGCGGGGACGGAGGAGGGAAUGAGUGAAGAGGAGCAGGGCUCCGGCACUACCACAGGCUGCGGGCUGCCCAGCAUAGAGCAAAUGCUGGCCGCCAACCCGGGCAAGACCCCGAUCAGCCUUCUUCAGGAGUAUGGGACCAGAAUAGGAAAGACGCCCGUGUACGACCUUCUCAAAGCCGAGGGCCAAGCCCAUCAGCCCAAUUUCACCUUCCGGGUCACCGUUGGCGACACCAGCUGCACUGGUCAGGGCCCCAGCAAGAAGGCAGCCAAGCACAAGGCAGCUGAGGUGGCCCUCAGACACCUCAAAGGGGGGAGCGUGCUGGAGCCAGCCCUGGAGGACAGCAGUUCUUUCUCUCUCCUAGACUCUUCACUGCCUGAGGACUCGCCUGUCAUUGCUGCAGAAGCUGCUGCCCCUGUCCCAUCUGCUAUACUAACCAGGAGCCCUCCCAUGGAGAUGCAGCCCCCUGUCUCCCCUCCGCAGUCUGAGUGCAACCCUGUUGGAGCUCUGCAGGAACUUGUGGUGCAAAAAGGCUGGCGUUUGCCAGAAUACAUGGUGACCCAGGAGUCUGGGCCUGCUCAUCGCAAAGAAUUCACCAUGACAUGCCGGGUGGAGCGCUUCAUUGAGAUUGGCAGUGGCACUUCCAAAAAGCUGGCAAAGCGUAAUGCAGCAGCUAAAAUGCUGCUUCGAGUGCACACAGUUCCUCUGGAUGCCCGGGAUGGCAACGAGGCAGAACCUGAUGACGAUCAUUUCUCCAUUGGUGUGAGCUCCCGCCUCGAUGGACUUCGGAACCGGGGGCCAGGCUGCACCUGGGAUUCCCUGCGCAAUUCUGUGGGAGAAAAGAUCCUGUCCCUUCGAAGUUGCUCCGUGGGUUCUCUGGGGACUCUCGGCUCUGCCUGCUGCAAUGUCCUCAGUGAGCUCUCUGAGGAGCAGGCUUUCCAUGUCAGCUACCUGGACAUUGAAGAACUGAGCCUGAGUGGGCUCUGCCAGUGCCUAGUGGAACUGUCCACCCAGCCAGCCACUGUGUGUCAUGGUUCUGCAACUACCAGGGAGGCAGCCCGAGGUGAGGCUGCUCGCCGCGCCCUGCAGUACCUCAGGAUCAUGGCGGGUAGCAAGUAGUGCCCUGGCUGCAGCGAUGGAUGUCACAUUUUACUUCUUGCUCCUCCUGACCCUGGGCCUAUGCAUCAACCUAGCUCUGGAACCCUCCAGAGGUGCCAUCUCUACCUCUGACACAGACUGCCUGCCUUGAGACUGAGGAAGGCAUAGGCAAGCAAGGAGCCAUGAACCACAGGGCCCCACCCAGCACAGGAUUUGUUCUCAUUCUGUGGAUGAUGAAUGAAAAGGAAAUUGGAAUUCUAUUGGAAUCCAGAAUGAAUGCUGCUGCUCUUUGGCUCCCGAAACCCUGCUUUCUUUGGCCAGGGGUCAUGUGGCUGUCAGAGGAAUAAACGUGGUGUGUUGACUCUUC